AAAUAGAACUGAAAAGGGACAGGUAAAAACGCACCAUGUGCUUUUUUGGGGGGAGGUGUCCUGGAAGGAAGCGUUUUUGUAUUGGUUGCACCACUGCUUUUGACUGCAUUUCAGGUUUUUGACUCUCCGAAAUAUCGAGUUCAGAGUGGAAGAAGACCGCUAAUCUGUCCCUGAUGUCUCUUUGCGAUAGUUGGCAGUUCACUGAUGCUGAUCGUUUAAUUGCAGACGAACAGGGCACACCGCCGAUGGACGAACUUCAGCCGUCGGAAAGCACUCAAAGUCGUACCGUGCUCAAUUUCGAUCGAUUUGUCGUGAAUCCAAACAACGAUCAUAGUGAUUGGGAAGACUCAUGCAUGCUGAAACACGGUCCAAACGAUGCCGCAUUCGCCGUAACGGCAAGUCGAUCUGUUUGUCAAGCUGAAAGCUCCGAGGAAACAGCGUCUGAGCGAGAAACCAUGGAUAAGAAGCCAGACAGCACAAAGGAGCCUUCAGUUGAUCCAGCUGACAACCGUGAUAAAAUUGACGACAAUGACUCACUUUAUUCAAAUAAUGAGACAUGCUUAAAAUCGGACCACAAGAAUAGCCGCGACAAAUCAAUCGAUCGCUUUCCUGCUUCUCUUUCGCCUUUGCCUUUUAUUAAUCCUGCCCCCGCCAUGGAUGUCGAAAGUGGAAAUACCAAGAAACCGCAGUCUUCCAUUCGCCAAUAUGCAUCCAAAUUUCUCAGUCUCGGUUCCAGUAAAGCAACCUUAUCCAACGAUACGGAAAAACAUUCACUUUUAUCGAAAGAUCUAGUGGAUCCAACAGCGGACAUGUCCACCCAAUCUGUGUCUGCUGAUUCAGAUCUAUGGCUAUCGUCUUCGCAUGUCCCUUCACUACAGCAAGGCGUUUCCCAUGCUGACGCUCACGCCCAAUGGACACCUACGAGUGGGGGUCCGUCGGUGCCGUGGCUAGCUUUACACGACACUCCAUCCUGUAUAAAUCUAUCUAGCCCCACCGCGAAAGGAAAAGAACCCUUACACGAUGUGUUGCGGCAAAAGCUGGAAGCAGAUGACGCAGAACGACAAGAACGACACGCAUCCGAACAGCCAAGCAAAGAAUCCAAAGCCUAUAUGCCAGCCAUCGAUACCUCAUGUAAUGGAAAUCGAGACGAUGACGGCCGUCCGAAUACUUCCCAAUUCAACGAAAGGAUGAACCCCAUGGACUUUGGCCAAACCAAUGGACACAGCGCGCCAAUGCAAUCGCCUAUUCCUCAACAUUGCGGCAUUUUGCAUGAUAGGCCAUAUCAUGAUACCGAGCCACCAAUCAACGACCAAAUCCAGAGACAAGGCGGAGAAACCGACGAAUUUGACUGCAAUGGAUUCUCAGUCCCGCUCACGGAUCAUCUGCUUGGUCGCUUAUACUUUACGCAAGACGUGCUUGAAGAACAUGGUUUGAGUGCAGCGCGUGAACAGUUGAAUAAACUGAGGCCAUGCCAUCAGUGGUACGCUAUCCGAUCUUUGGAUCUCAGCCGCCAGCAUUUGAGAGCUUUGUAUGACUUGGAAGGGGUGCUGCCUAAUCUGGAAACCCUGAUUGUAUCGAACAAUUCAAUCAGCCGAAUGGAUGGCUUACCGCGCAAUAUCCGAAUACUACGAGCGAAUUCGAACAAAUUAACCGAUAUUACGUCUUUUCAACAUCUCUACAAUCUGCACCAUCUCGAUGUAUGUAACAACGCGAUCGAAAGCUUUGAAGGUGCUUCGUUCUACCAUUUACGAGAAUUACACGCUGAAAACAACAAGCUUUCGUCGUGUUCCUCAUUCCGAAAUAUGCAAGGAUUGAUUAUUUUGAAUGUGCGCGGGAACAUGAUUAAGCGAAUCCAUUUCGGAUCAGCCUCCAUGGAGCAUCUGGACAAAUUGGAUCUUGCGUACAAUCGUAUUGAGUGUCUGGAGGGCAUCGAAAAUCUUGGAGCUUUGCGAACUUUGAACCUUGAACACAACGACAUUAAAUGGAUACGCCUCCGAGAACCGAUGGCAAGAUUAAAAGUGCUGCGAAUGAGCUAUAACCGGUUAAAAGCGUUUGAUGGUUCAGUUUUUCCCGGAUUACGGACCUUGUAUCUCGACGAUAAUCAAAUCCUACGUAUCAUGGGACUUUCCUGCAUCUCCCGACUGGACAGCUUUUCUCUGAGAGAUCAAGGCGGGCAUAACGUAGACAUGAAAGUACAAUGCCUACGAGACGUACGAAAGCUGUAUUUGUCAGGCAAUCCUUGGCGGCAAUUGAACAUGGACGACUUCUUUGCGCUGGAGUAUCUCGAAUUGUCAUCCAUCCAGUUGGAAGCACUUCCUUCCGAUUUUGCUCGACAAGUACCCAACCUCGGCACCUUAUACCUUAACCAUAACUAUCUCCAUGAUCUGAGCCCACUACGAAAACUGCGCCAUCUGCACAAACUGGUGGCCAUGGAUAAUCGAUUCCAAAGUUUAAGUGAAACGGUGGCCGCGGUACGUUAUAUACCACGACUAUCUUAUCUCGAUUUACGGGAGAAUCCCAUUUCUAUGAAAUUGUAUCCGCCGGUCAUUGCACCUCAUGCACUCGAAUCUUCAAAGUGUCUGACCAAAUUAUCGCGAUACCUUGCCUAUGAGCACGACGACAGUUGGAUAACUCGUGAUUCCGAGUUUUGCAACAACAUGUCACCUCAUUGGAAACUCAGGAGACCGGCUUAUCGAGCUCUCAUCAUCAAAGCGUGUCCCAAGCUUGUCGUACUUGAUGCGGUCACCAUUGACAGAGAAGAACGAGAAGCAGUGGAUGAGAUAGUAGCCAAUUUGUCUCAGCGGCGUCAUGAAAAAGAUCAACCAUGAUAACCAACAAAAAUAAAAGCGCUUUUUUUAUUUUAUUUUUUAUUUG